AUGUCCACUUCCAACCAAAGGAAAGCAUAUGCAUCCUCUGACUCCAUUGUAACCUCUCUUCGUUCUCUAUUGAUAAACAAAAAAUAUUUUUGGUACACAGCAGGUUUAUUAUUGGCUGGAGAACUUAAUACGAUCUUGUUUAAAAAUGUAGAUACCGAGAUAGAUUGGAUCGCUUAUAUGCAACAAGUUUCAGGAUUUCUUGAUGGCGAGAGGGAUUAUCUGAAAUUAAAGGGUGAUACUGGGCCAUUAGUAUAUCCAGCUGGAUUUUUGUAUUUCUAUUCUGCGCUAUAUUAUAUCACAUCGGAAGGCGCUGAUAUAAGAUUAGCACAAUAUAUAUUUGCCGGUAUUUAUAUUGUUACGUUGACUAUCGUUUUUGCAAUUUACAGUCGUUCAGAGAAGUUUAGCUUUAUCGAUAAAAAUGAAUGUUUUGUUAUUCUUCCCGGCAUUUGGACUCAUACUCUACAAAUCAUUAGGAGCAUGGAAAACAUUAAAUCAUCUCUUACUUGUUAUCAUAAUACAAGACAUUCUUGGGUAUUGGCGGCAUUCUUGUUUGGUAUAUGGUGUCGAACUGAAAAUGGCGUGUUGACCGUGUUGAAACGUGGAUUUAUUAGUGACAGAGCAAUAACAGCUAGAAAAGGAAAAGAAUCUAGUAAAAAUAGAGAGGUGAUUUGGGAUGAUACAAUCACACCUGAUCUUUGCCAUUUUUACUAUGGCAUGCGGUUAAAAUUCCGAUUGUGUUUAGAAUAUUGUUGGAAUGUUUAUCCGGCAACUAGGGAGAGCUCAUCAUUAUUAUUGUUUUGUCAUGCGUUGGUGUUGGCAGGACUAUGGAGUGGUGAGGCUGAGGAUUUCCUACACCAUUGCAAACUCAAAGUAAUUUAUUAUAAAAAAGCUGUGCGUAUUCAUUCACUCGCUGCAUUGAGCAGAGUUCUCGACUCUACAUUUAAAACUCUUAGUUAUUGCACCCCUAAAGGAUAUGAAGUAGGACUCGCUCUUGAACCAGAUAACAAAACUAAUUAUCUAACAAAUUAUUGA